CAUAUUCAUGUUUUCGGGCGUGUUGGGCGUGUAAGAGAAAGAAUCGUGUUGAGUGUAUGCACUUACGUCCAGCAGGAAGACAACCGCAUCGAAUGAAGAUGCGCAUCCGGAACGGGAAUGAUAUUUUCGGACGGAGCCCAGUGCGUGCCAAGGUAGGAACGUCGCCAGGUGUGUGCUCUCAUUACAUAAAAUGAAAAAUUAGACCGUGUGUUCGUGUGUACGUGUUGAGUGGUGAGUUCAGUGAUCCGGAAAAUCGCUAUAUUUGUUUGCGUUCGAUAAUGGUACAAGGCAGUGGCGGUUGGUGACAAAUUAUAAACAGUCGCGCAAGGCAACAGUGCUGGUGCUGAGAGUGAAAAGGAAUCAAGAAGUGCCUCAAACGAUUUCGGUGAGCAGCGAAUUUGAUAAGCAAGAACGCGAUGGCUGCAGCGGCUGCGACUAGUUCGGCGUCUUCGAGCAAUCAACAGCAGAUGCAAAACUACGACGAUGAUGAUGAGUUCCAAGAUGCGUGCGAUAACGACACCUCAUCGCCUACGUGUGGGAUGGAUUUGGACACCGCGCUGGCGGAGGCCAAAAUUGCGGUCGAUCUAUUCUUCAACAACAAGUUUAACGAAGCGGAGGCUCUUAUGAAACCAAUGGCUACAUCGAGCAUGUACCAUGCGGUAGGACAUAGUGUGUUCACCUACCUGGAGGCGAUGCUCACCUUCGAACAGCAGCACAUAGCGGCUGCCUCGGAAGCGUUGAAGCAGUGCUUGAACGUGUGCAAUCGAUACAGAAAGAAGAACACGCUGACCGAAACGAUUGGGAAGACGUUCAAGAAGGUUAACUACGACCAGUACACCGAUCUGGAGGCACACGCGGAACUCUGUUCUGCCGAAGCUCUGCUCCUGAAGGCAAUGCUAACGUUUAUCGAGGACGAAACGUUGACCAGCCUGAUCAAGGGUGGAAUGAAGAUCCGAAAUUGCUUCGCGAUGUACAAGGAAUGUAACAAUAUACUGACACAGCGAACCUGGGAAUCGGAAAGCUCCAAGCUACAUUUUGAGAGCGGUGUCCGGAUGGGUCUAGGGACGUUUAAUCUGAUGAUUUCGUUACUUCCUGCAAGGAUCAUUAAGUUACUUGAAUUUAUUGGAUUCUCUGGCAAUAAGCAAUCGGGCAUGCAGGAUUUAGUUACAGGGUCUCAGAGUGCAGGGAUUCGACAGGUGCUUUGUGUGAUGACUCUACUCGGCUAUAAUUUGAUCGUGUGUUACGUUCUCAGUCACAAGGAGGGUGAUUUGCGCUUCUGUGAUGAACUGCUGGUGAAGCAGCUCAAGCAGUACCCGGACGGUGUGUGGUUCCUGUUCUUCAAAGGGCGGCUCGAGUUCAUGAAAGGCAAUCUGGACGAGGCCCUGAAGUGGUACAAGAAAUCAUGGAAAUCGCAAAGCGUUUGGCCACAGUUCCAUCAUCUCUGCUUUUGGGAGUUGCUUUGGGUUAAUUGCUUGCGUUUGGACUGGCGAGAAUCCUUGCUGUUUGCCACCUAUCUGGUGGAGAACAGUAAGUGGUCGAGGACCAUCUACACCUACCAAAAGGCAUCGAUUAUGUGUAUGUUAAAGCAGUCAGAGCUCCACUCUAGCGAAGUGCGAACGAUCGCCAACCUGAUGAAGGAAGUACCAAAGUAUAAACAACGAAUAGCUGGCAAAUCGUUACCGAUGGAGAAGUUUGCCUGCAAAAAGACUGAACGCUUCUUCGCUCAGCAAUCCUUCCUGUACGUUCCGGCACUCGAGCUGAUGUACGUGUGGAAUCUGUUCAAGAUAUUGGGCAAACAUUUCCACCUAGCCGAUGGGGUGUUCCGGAUAGUGGAAGAAAAUCUGAAACACUUUGAAGAGCGAGAAAACAACAAAUCCAAUCCGACGUACGGUGUUUACGGAACGGACAACAAGGCGCUGCUGUUACUGCUGAAAGGUGCCUGCCUACGCCAAAUGAAUAGUCCCCUUCAAGCUACGAGCUGUCUCGAAAAUGUUAUCGCCAUGUACAAAGACCUUAAAGAGGACCAUUACCUGGUACCUUAUGCCAUCGUCGAACUUGCCCUGAUAUACAUUGAGCAGGGUAACAAGGACCAAGCUAUCCUAGCUUUGGAAGAUGCCAAGAAAAACUAUAGUGGCUAUUCGCUGGAAUCGAGGCUUCACUUCCGAAUUCAUACGGCACUGAUUGAACUGAAAGGCAAAAGCUACGAAAAUAUCCCGGCUGGAGCGGACGCUUGAGCUGGACCCUGUUCUAACAUCUUCCAUGACCAUCGAAACGUUCUCCGGGAAUGCAGAGAAUCCUACAACGACCAUUGAAUGAUAGACGGAAUCAUUGUAAUAAAGAAAAAAGUGAGCCACCUUAAUGAAUGCAUGUCAACGCCGUGCGGAAUCAUUCCCUAGUCAUGCUGCAAAUUUAUACGUUAGGGUAUUGUGAGCAUAUAACAUUUCAUCGGAUCACACCACACAUGCUUUGAGCACUCCAUGGGUUUCUCACUAUCGUAGGUACCAAAAACACUGAAGCAGGGUUUAUUUCUAGUAUGGGCUGGUUUGUGGUAUUGUUUUAUAGUUAUUCUUGUCAGACAACUGAAAGCUUGUUCGCAUACUCCAGGAUAGUAAGUUGAAUGAUAUCCAAGAGGUUAGGUUGUUUUUAAUAGGUCAAAUUUUAAAGUGAAACCAAAUUGUUUAGUCAAGUCCAAUGAAGUUCCGAAAGAGUGUCUCUAUCAAUGACGCUGGUGGUUGAAUCAAAGAAAUAUAUAGAAUAAAAUAAAAUUUAAAAAGUCUAAAUGAAAUAUCAAAACCCUGUUUUUCAUAUUCCUUGCACACGAUAGCUGUAAUUUUCUUAAGAGUUAAGGUAUCAUUAAUAAAGAAUGUGCAGCUGUUCUUUCAAAAUGUCAUGUAUGUUAGGCA